UUUAAUUCUUAUUCCUUUCUUUUCCCUUUUUCAUCCCUCUGAGGGUGUUGCUACCCGUCCGUUGUUCGAUCAUAGAGGGUUUCCUACCUCCUUGUGAGUAAUGACUCUCGGAAACGGAGUAUUCGACGUCGUUGUACCUCGAAACUUUAGAUUACUUGAAGAGCUUGAAUGUGGAGAGAAAGGUGUUGGAGAUGGCACAGUAAGUUAUGGGAUGGAUGAUGGAGAUGAUAUUUACAUGCGCUCUUGGACUGGGACAAUAAUUGGUCCCCUUAAUUCUGUUCAUGAAGGCAGAAUUUAUCAGUUGAAGCUCUUCUGUGAUAAAGACUAUCCAGAUAAGCCCCCUAGCGUUCACUUCCAUUCUCAGAUCAACAUGGCUUGUGUUAACAAUGAAACCGGAGUUGUCGAAGCAAAGGAAUUCGACAUGCUAUCGAACUGGCAAAGGGAGUACACCAUGGAGGAUAUCCUAACCCAGCUGAAGAAGGAAAUGGCUACGCCACACAACCGGAAGCUCAUUCAACCUCCCGAAGGCACCUACUUCUGGUAAUACAAGCUGAGACCCUAACACUAAGACCAUUAUAAAAAUGUCUCAAGGCAAUCGACGAAUUUGAUGUAUUCCAGCUACUCCAAUUCUGAUAUGGCAUCUGAACAAACUAAAUAUCCAAGUUUGACAUUGUAAUGAGUAGUUGCUCUGGUCUCUCUGAAAUAUACUCUCCAUACAUUGUCGUUUACUUCAAAUGACAACCUGAAUCACUGACUAAA